CUCCACCCUACACAGGGAAACGGAGGCCAGUGUGGGAUCUCCCUGGCCCAGCAUCUCCCACAGGGGUGGAGGCUGAGAGCAACGAGCAAGGCCUUGCAGGCUUGAGCCCCUGGGGACCCAGAGGCAGACAUGCAGACCCUACGGCGGGAGGCAGCCCGGCCCUACGUCCCCCGGGGGACCCUCGAAGCCGACUUCCCAGCACUGCUGUCCAGGUGAGUGCCCACACGGCCCCAUGCGCCACCGCUGUGUGUCAGGCCUGAUGUUCUUGAGUGUCACUGACUCCAGUCAAGGCCCGUCGGUGCUGAGCCCUUGCCCUGUCCCAGCCUGGCCGCUCCCCGGGGGUACAGGCAGGGCCGGCAGAAUGGACUGGCUCUCCGGGAGCCUCCUGCAGCGGCCUGCACACACCGCCAGGCUGGGGGCUGAAGCCAGAGAGGUGUCUCUCCUGGUUCUGGAAGCCAGCAGUCCGAGACCAGCUGGUCCGCAGGCCAGUUCCUCCAGGGCCUAGUGCAGCAGCUCCACUGUGCCUCCCUGGCAGUCCUUGGUGCCCCCUGGGGAUGCAUCCCCCCCAGUCUCUGCCCUGGCAACACAGUCCUCAGUGUCCAAGCUCCCCUGUCCAAGGACACCAGGCCCUGCACACAGGUGGGGCCGGCCCCAGGUGCCCGCAGCUUAGCAAUGGUGUCUGCUGGGACCCUGCUUCCCAGCGGGGUGGCUCUGAGACACCAGCCGGACGUGGACUUGGGGGGCCCUUCCCACCCAGGGGAGGGGGUAGUGCCCCUGGGCCGCCCCACUACUGCGCGCCUGUGCAGACGGGGGCGCCCACUCGAGAGCAGGCACAGAACUUGCCGGAAGCCCAGGCGCGGGGGCCGCGGCAAGGGGUAGGGUUAGCGAGGGCAGGCUGUUCCGUCACCUCUUUCCAGUGGCAGGAAGGCUCUGGGUUGUGGGCCAGGGUGGCAUUCGCUUGAGGUUCUCCCCAGCUCCAACGUGCUCUUCAUCUGUUACAUCGACAUUUGACAGAGACCUGCUGGCUGUCACUGCACCUCAGUUGUGAAGUGUUGAGCUCACGGGGCAGGGUUCCCAAGGCGACCCCGAAGCUGCCCUUUGAGCAGCAAACCCUGUCUCCUGUCAGGUCCCCAAACCCACCAGGCUUGUCCCACCCGCGAGCAGACGGGUGGGUUUCUAGUCCGUGAUGUGACCCUGUCCCGAGGGGCGAGAACAGGAUGCAGGGAGAAGCCCGGGGCCAAGGCCCGGCUCGUCCUCGCCCUGGGCCUGGGCGGCGGUGCUGCCAGACGAGAUUCCCUGCAGCCUCAGCAGCUUUGAAGGGGUCUUUCGCUUUGUGGUUUUUUUUUUUUCCACUUUUUGGGUUUCGUCUGCUUUUGUUUUUAAUGUUACCACAUUGAAAUUCGAUGUUUAGUUAUUUUAUUUUUAAGUCAUUUUUACACCCAACACAGGGCUUGACCUCACAACCCCCGAGAUGAGGAGUCACAAGCUCCCCACCCCAACUGCACCAGCAGGGGGGUCCCUCAACCUUUACAGUCCAGCUCUGGCCUGUGUCCCCGUUCCUUACACCGUUCCCUGUGCCCCAGGGCCUCUGUACAUCCCCCUCGUCAGGGAAGCCAUCCUAAUGCUCAGCCUCAGACAGGCUCUGGCAGCAGAGGCCGCCUGGCACAGGGGCUCCCCCUGCCAUCCCGUGUCCCCGGGAUGGGGUGGGGAGGACAGGCCAAAAACACUAAAAUAGGAAAAGGUUUAGGGAGGGUCCUGGAGGGCUGGAGAGGAGAGGGGGCUGCAGGGCUCAGCACCGCCCCCCAGCCCGGUGUGCGUGCCUACAAUGCAGGGCAGGGCCACAGGCUCAGCCUCUAUCUCCUGCCCCCUGCCUUCACCCCCUAGUGAGGACUACCUGUCCCUGGAGGGGCCCCGCUGGGCACCGGCCAUCAAGCAGGCAACACGCUGGAAGUACACACCCCUGGGACGUGACGCGGCCGGCCAGCUGUGGUACACCGGCCUAACCAACUCGGACUCCCGCGAGGCCUGGUACACGCUCCCGCGGGCCCCGGACAGCCCAUACCGGGAGGCCUAUGCCCGCUGGCACGGAUGUCACAGCCACCGGGAGCGAAGCAUGCCCUCGGCCUAUACCCAGUGCCUCCGGGAGACCGCGUGGCAUGACCCCAUCAUCCCUGCCCAGUACAGGGCCCCCAGCACGCAGUGGGGGAGCAUGCUCUGGAAAGACAGGCCCAUCCGGGGCAAGGAAUACGGUGAGGAGGGGGUGGAGGCAGCCGGAGGGAGCUGGGCCACCUGGGCUGGGGUUCACACGGCCCAGGGGACAGGAGGUGACCUGGGUCCUGGCCCCACAGUGCUCAACAGACACCGGUACGGGGUGGAGCCACCAGGGCCGGCCUCUGACUAUGUGCCGUACCUGUCGGUGCCUCAGCGCCCGCGCUACACCACCCAGAACUACCGGCAGUGGGACCUGGAGCCUUACUGCCCCUCCACCAACCAGCGGCCCCCGCCCAUCUACACACCCAUCCACUGAUAAAGUUCAUGCUGCCUGAUGCCACCCUCUACAGGGACCCCAGCGCCUCUAGCCCUCCCCAGCCCGCUCCUGUGCAUCUGCCCCCUGGACUGGGGUGGUGGGGAGGACGGGGCG